AGAUGGGCAAGGCGAAUACAAAUGUAGCAUCUUGGAAUCAGCUGGCCCUAUUUAUGGCGCGUACUUCAUGGCUGAAUGCCAUAUACACGACAAGCCCACAAUGCUUUGCUAGUACCUGUAGUAGGUGAACGCUACGUUACAUGUAUAGGUACAUGUGGUGCCUGCAGUGCAUGAAGUAGCUGUAGUAACUGUAGUAGCUGUAGUAGCUGUAGUAACUGUAGUAACUGUAGUAGCUGUAGUAAGUGUAGUAGCUGUAGUAGCUGUAGUAGCUGUAGUAGCUGUAGUAGCUGUAGAAGGUGUAGUAGGUGUAGUAGGCGUAGUAGCUGUAGUAGCUGUAGUAGCUGUAGUAGUAGCUGUAGUAGCUGUAGAAGGUGUAGUAACUGUAGUAGCUGUAGUAGCUGUAGUAGGUGUAGUAUCUGUAGUAGCUGUAGUAGCUGUAGUAGCUGUAGUAGCUGUAGUAGGUGUAGUAGCUGUAGUAGCUGUAGUAGGUGUAGUAGCUGUAGUAGGCGUAGUAGCUGUAGUAUCUGUAGUAGCUGUAGUAGCUGUAGUAGCUGUAGUAGCUGUAGUAGGUGUAGUAGCUGUAGUAGGUGUAGUAGGUGUAGUAGGUGUAGUAGCUGUAGUAGCUGUAGUAGGUGUAGUAGCUGUAGUAGCUGUAGUAGCUGUAGUAGCUGUAGUAGCUGUAGUAGCUGUAGUAAGUGUAGUAGCUGUAGUAUCUGUAGUAGCUGUAGUAAGUGUAGUAACUGUAGUAGCUGUAGUAGCUGUAGUAGCUGUAGUAAGUGUAGUAGCUGUAGUAGCUGUAGUAAGUGUAGUGGCUGUAGAAGCUGUAGUAGCUGUAGUUUGUGUAGUAACUGUAGUAGCUGUAGUAGCUGUAGUUGGUGUAGUAGGUGUAGUAGCUGUAGUAGCUGUAGUAGCUGUAGUAGGUGUAGUAGGUGUAGUAGCUGUAGUAGGUGUAGUAGCUGUAGUAGGUGUAGUAGGUGUAGUAGGUGUAGUAGGUGUAGUAGGUGUAGUAGGUGUAGUAGGUGUAGUAGCUGUAGUAGGUGUAGUAGGUGUAGUAGGUGUAGUAGGUGUAGUAGGUGUAGUAGGUGUAGUAGCCGUAGUUGGUGUAGUAGCUGUAGUAGCUGUAGUAGGUGUAGUAGCUGUAGUAGCUGUAGUAGCUGUAGUAGGUGUAGUAGGUGUAGUAGCUGUAGUAGGUGUAGUAGGUGUAGUAGCUGUAGUAGGUGUAGUAGGUGUAGUAGGUGUAGUAGGUGUAGUAGGUGUAGUAGCCGUAGUUGGUGUAGUAGGUGUAGUAGCAGUAGUUGGUGUAGUAGCUGUAGUAGGUGUAGUAGCUGUAGUAGGUGUAGUAGCUGUAGUAGCUGUACUAGAUGUAGUAGCUGUAGUAGGUGUAGUAUCUGUAGUAGCUGUAGUAGCUGUAGUAGCUGUAGUAUCUGUAGUAGAUGUAGUAGCUGUAGUAGCUGUAGUAGGUGUAGUAGCUGUAGUAGCUGUAGUAGCUGUAGUAGGUGUAGUAACUGUAGUAGCUGUAGUAGCUGUAGUAGGUGUAGUAGGCGUAGUAGCUGUAGUAGCUGUAGUAGCUGUAGUAGGUGUAGUAGGCGUAGUAUCUGUAGUAGCUGUAGUAGGUUUAGUAGGCGUAGUAGCUGUAGUAUCUGUAGUAGCUGUAGUAGCUCUAGUAGGUGUAGUAGCUGUAGUAGCUGUGGUAGCUGUAGUAGCUGUAGUAGGUGUAGUAACAAUUACAACAAUUACAACAACUCAGUCUAACAACGAAUCAAUGUGAUGGUACCAAAAAUCAAUAGAAAUCAACCUUUAAAAGCAUUUAACUUCACAUGAAGUUUAACGACUAUUAUAAGUGAAUAAGUUGGUAACGAAUUUCGUUGACUCAUGUAUGAACAAAGUCGUAAUCCAUUACUCCGGGAAACAUUGUCUUUGUCAAAUGUAGGUGAUGUAACAUAAGUUUAUUAGAAUACUAUUGGAAUAUUGUUAGCCUUGUUUUGUUAUAAAUUACUGUAGAUAUGCUUUCGCCACGCAAAAUAAUACGGAGGUCAUGCAGCUACUACACCUACUACACCUACUACAGCUACUACAGCUACUACACCUACUACAGCUACUACACCUACUACACCUACUACGGAUACUACACCUACUACAGCUACUACAGCUACUACAGCUACUACACCUACUACAGCUACUACACCUACUACAGCUACUACACCUACUACAGCUACUACACCUACUACACCUACUACAGCUACUACAGCUACUACAUCUACUACAGCUACUACACCAACUACAGCUACUACUGGAUUACAGAAAAAACGAAAACUGGAUUACAGAACUGUUUAAAUGCGCUUUCUUUGUAUUGUGACAAAUGGAAGCUAAAAAUUAAUCCGAAGAAAACAAAAAUUAUGAUAUUCCAGAAACGCCCAAAAAUAUCUAUUGACAUCAAAUUCAACAUAGGCAGUGAGUCAAUUGAAAUUGUCCAAGAAUACACUUAUUUAGGUACACGUUUAACUCCAACGGGAAACUUUACACUUGCACUCGAACACUUAAAAGAAAAGGCCCUUCACGCGUUUUCUAGUAUUCGGAAGCGGACAAUUCUUAACAAACUUAAUCCUAAUACUGCAUCCCAAAUUUUUGACACCAUGGUAUUCCCAAUCUUGAGUUACAACAGCGAGGUAUGGGGAAUGUAUACCAAGCAAGAUUUUAAAAAUGGGAUAGCUACCCAAUAGAAAAAAUCCACCUCAAAUUCUGUAAACGUUACUUAGAGGUUAACAAUAAGGCCUCUAACAUAGCCUGCAGAGCUGAACUUGAUAGACUGCCGCUGCUUAUCCCGAUAAAUCAGAAAAUUAUGAAAUAUUUUGUUUACCUCAACAACAAAGAUAAUGACUCUAUAGUCAAACAGUCUCUCCUUAUGUCAAAGAAUCUACAUUCUAUGAAUAAUUCCGGAUAUUUUUCCAAUUUCAUAAACAUGCUUGAACAAUACAAUCUAACCAGUUUAGAUGCUGAAUCUCUAGAUAAUGAUAAAAUUAGACGAUAUACCACAGAAAUGAGAGAGAAAUAUCUAUCUUUUUGGCGGCACAGCCUCGAAAAUUCAAAAAAACUAGAAUUUUAUAAAACUUUUAAAGAUGAAUAUUCUACAUCUGAUUAUCUCUACCAGCUAAGACAUUAUGACGAACGACAGAAUUUUGUUAAAUUUAAAAUAAGUAAUCACAAACUUAUGAUUGAACAUGGUCGAUACCAAAUCGAUCAUUUGCCAAAAGAAAAUAGAUUAUGUCCUUUAUGUAACUCAAAUCAGGUAGAAGAUGAGAUUCAUUUCCUCUUUCAAUGUAACAGAUACUCAGUACAGAGACAGGCAUUUAUUAAUCAAAUCAAUCCAAUAAUUCCUGACUUUGACAAGAAAUCAUCUCCAGAAAGCAUAAAACUGAUAAUGAAUUCGAAGGAACAUCAUGUAAAUAAGUUAGUUAUGAAGUUUGUUUCCUCCUGCAUGAAAAUACGUGAUUCAUUGUUAGUAAUGUAACCGAAUUUUUCUAGAUUAUUAUUAGUGCUGUUUUGUUUUAUAUUUUGAUUGUCAUAUACAUGCUUUUGCAAUACUGUAAAAUGAUGCGGUCAUGCAAAUAAAGCAAUUUAUUACUAUUACUAUUACUAUUACUACACCUACUACACCUACUACACCUACUACACCUACUACAGCUACUACAGCUACUACACCGACUACAGCUACUACACCUACUACACCUACUACAGCUACUACAGCUACUACACCUACCACACCUACUACACCAACUACAGCUACUACACCUACUACACCUACUACACCUACUACAGCUACUACAGCUACUACACCUACUACACCUACUACAGCUACUACACCUACUACACCUACUACACCUACUACACCUACUACACCUACUACAGCUACUACACCUACUACAGCUACUACAGCUACUACACCUACUACACCUACUACAGCUACUACACCUACUACAGCUACUACACCUACUACAGAUACUACACCAACUACAGCUACUACACCUACUACAGCUACUACACCUACUACACCUACUACAGCUACUACACCUACUACACCUACUACAGCUACUACAGCUACUACACCUACUACACCUACUACAGCUACUACAGCUACUACACCUACUACAGCUACUACACCUACUACAGCUACUACACCUACUACACCUACUACAGCUACUACAGCUACUACACCUACUACACCUACUACACCUACUACAGCCACUACGCCUACUACACCUACUACAGCUACUACACCUACUACAGCUACUACAGCUACUACAGCGACUACAGAUAAUACACCUACUACAGCUACUACAGAUACUACACCUACUACAGCUACUACAGACACUACGCCUACUACACCUACUACAGCUACUACAGCGACUACAGAUACUACACCUACUACAGCUACUACAGCUACUACGCUUACUACAACUACUACAGCUACUACAGCUACUACACCUACUACAGCUACUACAGCUACUACACCUACCACACCUACUACAGCUACUACAGCUACUACACCUACUACAGCAACUACACCUACUACACCUACUACAGCUACUACAGCUACUACACCUACUACAGCAACUACACCUACUACACCUACUACACCUGCUACAGCUACUACAGCUACUCCAGCGACUACAGAUACUACACCUACUACAGCUACUACAGAUACUACACCUACUACAGCUACUACAGACACUACGCCUACUACACCUACUACAGCUACUACAGAUACUGCACCUACUACAGCUACUACAGAUACUACGCCUACUACACCUACUACAGCUACUACACCUACUACAGCUACUACAGCUACUACACCUACUACACCUACUACACCUACUACACCUACUACAGCUACUACAGACACUACGCCUACUACACCUACUACAGCUACUACACCUACUACAGCGACUACAGCUACUACAGAUACUACAGCUACUACAGCUACUACAGAUACUACAGUUACUACAGCUACUACACCUACUACAGCUACUACAGCUACUACAGAUACUGCACCUACUACAGCUACUACAGAUACUACGCCUACUACACUUACUACAGCUACUACACCUACUACAGCUACUACAGCAACUACAGAUACUACACCUACUACAGCUACUACAGCUACUACAGCUACUACAGCUACUACAGAUACUACACCUACUACAGCUGCUACAGCUGCUACAGCUACUACAGAUACUACACCUACUACAGCUACUACAGACACUACGCCUGCUACACCUACUACAGCCACUACACCUACUACAGCUACUGCCAUGAAGUACUUGCCCUAUUUAUGUUGAUCGCCAAGCUUCUACGAUGAUUUCACGGUUUAUCUGGUAAGCCUGACAUACAAGUAAGCUCGUCGAACUUCUUUUCUCUCCGAUCUGUUUGGCCUGAUGCAUUGUAAUGACUAUUUUCUUCAUCGAACUAUAGGUGGCUUUUUCAAGCUAAGAACAUCUCUCUUUGAUCGCGAUGAUGCGGAUGUUUUGAGUUACUUCUGAUCUGAAAGAGUUUGCGACCCCUGUAGUGAAAGCUGAAAGCUUGCUGUUCAAGGAGAAAAUGACAGAAGGUAAUCAACUGUUUUAAAAAGACCUAGAUUCGAAAAUGUUGGCUGCGGGCUACUGUGUUUACUCAGCAAAUUUUGGCGCCAGUACGAAUCGAAAUAAUCCCACCGUGUUCACAGAUAAAUCCCAUGCUCUGUAUCCGUUUAUAAGCAGCUUUUAGAUGAUGUAGUUCUGAAGGAGUAAUCCUUUCGUCAAUUCGUCAAUAAUACGCCUGUCUAAGUGUUUAAACGCAGCGUAUUACGAUAAGCCAAAGAAGUGUGCCCAAGCUUCUCCUUGACGUGAUCACCACUAAAUAUUGUUGUUUCCUUAACUUCCUCUGAUAUAGGAUUCACAAACAAAAAUUCAAUCUUUGUUUACUGAUAUUACAUUAACGAGAUUUUCCUAUCUGAAACUCUUUCAGAAUCAACAGAAGGUCGUUUUUACGACACAAUUGAACAGCCGCAUUGGAAGUCAUAUCGUAAGUUGUCAUUUUCAUUCUUUUACUGGCGUUGCCCUCGAUCGUCACAGUGACUUUAAAAUUAACAGUGUAAAAGCUUAGUUUUAACUUUUUUGACAGUCUACAGGCUACAGCAGAAAGCACCAAAAGCAAGAAGAAUCGUUUGUUCCAAAGAGGUAGGAAUGUUUUGUUUUCUAUCUAAUUUAUACAAACUUGCAUGUUCUUGUUAAUGAGAGAGCACAUGUUAAAUUUCAAUAUACACCUGUCGUAAUUGAAUGCAAUAGGUUUUACAAGAGCUCCACGCUUUGUAAAUACAGAUUCUUUAAAUGUAGAGCUGAUAAAACAAAAUUAUAACCGUUGUGAGGGAAAUCAGCUUAUUGUUCUUAUAAAAUGCCGUUUUUAAUUUGGCGAUAUUUCGAUGAACCAAAGAAUCUGAAAGUGUGGUGUUUCAGUAAAAUUAAAUUGGGGAUUAUCUUUCCGACCAAAAGUUUCUUAUAAUUCAUCUUAAUUAUGUUUUAUUGAUGAUUAGAUUAUCUAACUGUGGCCAAUUUUUGUAUUAUGAAACUGUUUUUUAGUCAUGGGUAACAAAAGGUUAAAAAGAGAAGAGAUAGAAAAAAUAGUUCCUUUUUAAGAAUUUUAAGUUAUUGUUAAAAAAAAUACACCUACUUAUUAGGUGACAUUACUUAUUAGCAUUCAGGAAGUUAAUCCUAUUCUCUUUGUUGUGACAGAAAAUUUCUGCUCUUUAAUUUGUUAUGCUAACCAUUAAAAUUAAUAACCCUUUCGCAUGUUUAUGUCAGAGGAGCAAAUUUCUCAACCAAGCCUUGUUUUAAAAUUUAAAGUUGCGAGGUUUUGCAUAAAUGAAUCCAUAACAAGAAUACUUAUGCACAAAGAAUGCAAAUGUGAAGAAUUUUGGCUACAAACGAGGCUUGUUGGAGAAAUUUGCUCAUCUGAUGUAGUCAUGUAUAAGGGUCAUUAUCAAUUUUACAUAGAUAACACAUGCAAAAAUUUUUUAUUUUUUUUAAGCAUAAAUUCAUAGCUGUGUUGAGAAAGCAGAAAAAAUGAGACCGAGUAGUUUCUUCUAUUAAAAAUGUAUUUAGCCUUGUAGAUAUUUUUUUUCGUAUAGCUGAAGUAUAACAUGACUAGAGUUAGGAAUUUAGGAAGUUAUACUGUAGUUGUUUAAAACUUUCUUUGUUCUGUAAUGUACAGAUACCAAAUAAACCUGCCCACUAUGGAAAAGAGUAAGUGUAAUAGUUGGAUUAUCUUAAAAGUGUGGAAAAUCAAACCAGACACUUGGAAGAAGAUUGUCCAAGUACAACGUUUUCUGAAAAAAGAAGAUUCUAUAGUUUUUUUGCUAAUGGACCAAAUAAAUUUAAGGCUCACCUAUGCAACUGUUGAAAACUUUAAAACUGUUUGAAGUUACCUGACCUUUCAGGAAACAGCCCUCAAAUUUAUGAAUGUCAUUGGUCCAUUUGCAAAAGAACUUGAGAAUCUUUUGAUUUCAGAAAAUGUUGUGAUUGGACAGUCUUCUUCCAAGUGUCCUGGUUUUGGUGUCUGCACAGUAAAUUCCUUGUGUAGUCAACUCUCACCUUCCAGUCACCUCACUGUUACAGUCAUCCCAAUGAUAUGGAAAUCAGCUAAACCCCCAACAUUAUUUGAGUGAAAGAAACUGUCACCAUUACUAAGAGUAUCCACAAUUAAUAGAGAGUUAACAGUAGCCCUAUCAACACUGUUACUCUCAAUGCUAAGUAUUCUCUAUUCAUUUCAAGGUAAAUUUUUCUAGCAAAAAUGCCUCCGUUUACAAAGUCUGUACAUUCAAAAUACACUUAGUUGCUCCAGCAAUUUACAGGCACAAUAUUAAAAUAAUCAUUAACAAAUAAUUACAUUGAACAUACCUUUACAUAUUAAAAAGUUACAAUUGGAAGGAGGCAAACCAUUUAAGGCAGUAAAUGUCAUCUGACAAAUGCCUUUAAAAUGGAUGAAAUUCUGUGAUGUGUGCGUUAUAAAUGAAACCUAAUACUGUUACCUUUAUGGUGCAUUUCUUCUUGCCUAUUUUAGCAGACCUUUAAUUGAUAAAUUAUUCCUUUUUUUCUAGGGGACAUAAUUAUGUCCAAGCAGUACACUCUUAGUUAGAUAGACCAGAAAAUUUGUCAGACAUACAUUGCAUGGGGUUGUUAUUUUAUUUUAUAUAUACAGAUCUUCGGCUUUAAGGCAAUAGUCUGUCUGGUCAUCCUGUCUGAUUUCAGGAAUAUUUUAUUCAGACUUUGUCCAAAUUAUGUAAAACUGUUAUUUGCAACAAGGUAGUGUAAAUAUUUUGAAUUUUGAUUUGUGGUAAUCAAAGAGUGAAUUUUAUUAUUUCUUUUUGUCAGAUUUCAUGGUUGUAUUUCACGUGAAGAAGCUGAUGAACUAGUUUCGGAGGCUGAUGGCUGUUAUCUUGUCAGGGAAAGUCAAAGAUCCCCAGGAAGUUACACUUUGACAAUGAGGUAAAGCUGUAUAAUGUAACCGGAAGUUCCAAUGUGGAGGCACAUUUGUGUAUGUUGCAGUUAAUUUUUUAUCUCAGGUAAUUUUUGUCUUUCUUUAGUUUUUGGGUGUGGUAACGAACGUGUAUGCUUAUAAAGUUAAAACAAAGGAAAAAUGAAAAUUACCUGAGUUAAAAAAAUAAACUGCAACAGGUACAUUGUGGGAUGUUAACAAAGACAAACUACAGAUCAAGAUCCCGCGCUCUGUUUCUCUUAGUUUCUUGUGUAAUAAGGGAACAAAAAUUGACUUCUCAAGCUAACCUUUAACCAUUGUUGCUGUCUUUCUUUUUUGAAGAUUUGGUGGUGUUUCCAAAAACUUUAGAUUAUAUUAUGAUGGAAUGCAUUAUGUUGGUAAGUGGUAUGUUUACAAAUGUGUCUUAGCUUCUAAAUUAUCUGUCUUUAAUGCUUGUUAACAGAACUAGAAUGUGGCAGAUGAACAAAAAAGUGUGUCUUGUCUUUUAUCAUCAAGAUGAAAGUGGUUGUGAGACUUCCUUUGCAGGUGCUAUUUUAAGAAUCGUAAAGGAAGUUCUUGAUUGUGACCCUUUGUGUGAAACUUAUAGUGUGAUCGUAGAAACUGAAAUAGUUUCUUUUGUCCUAAUCACACAGAAUGUAGGUGGUACAUGUCUAAGUUGAGCCUUUCAUUGUGAAUGACCCCUUCAAGCCUAUUAUAGCUUAGUGAAAUUGAAGAUUAGAGCUUGAAAUAACUUUAGAAAAAUGAACUUAAUUACAGUACCUUUGCCCCAUAAAAAAAGGACUAGGUCAAUAUAGUGAUGAUGAUUAUAUGUACAGUGUAGAAAUCAAAUGUUUUUCAUUUGCUGAAGGCAUAGAAAAUGACACAUGUAGAACUUAAAUAGAUCUCUUGAAAGGUUUUUUCAAGAUUGGUUAUUUUUCUUUUUCCACUUGCAUAAUAGUACGUAAAAAAACUUUUAUAGGCUCCAAAACUCUGCAUCACUUCAUGAUCAAAUUCAUAUUCAGAAUGAUGCAAUAUAACACAUCCUUUAUCAACAACAAAAUUUGUAAUUCCCAACUCAUUUGGAACAUUAGAUGAAUAAAUUUGUUAACAAGUUAACAAGUAAUACCCAAUCGCAUCUCAGCAAACCUUUGUUUUUGUACAAACUGUCAACUAUUAAAAAUUAAUGAAACAGAAAUAUUGCUUAGCAAGAGUUUUGUUUCAUCCAUGAGACCUAUAUUUCCCACCCUCUCUGACUAUUAUUUUUCCAUUAUUUUGGAAUCUUUAGACAUGCACUAUAACACUGUAAAUUUUGUAAGAUGUUUCGGCCCCCUUCAUGGGUAUAACACUUAAGAACUGAAGGAUUGUUAUAUUCAUAUCUUUAUCAUCAGCACAUCAUUUGACAAAUUUGCACCACACAAUAAUGUAUUAUUAUAAAGACUAUUUUUACAUGCGAUGUGUAGAUAAUUUUAUGUAAUGAGAAUAGGUAUUUCUAAUACCCCUUUCUUUAAAAUUCUUGAAGUUUUGCUUGUACCAUCAAUGAUAUUUCCCUAAAUUGCCUGCUUCAGUGUAUGAGUUCUCUUUUAAUUCAAUUUUGGCCCUUUAAGAUAAACUCUGAAGGAAAAAGAAGCAGUAAAAAACUAAAGCUUUUGUUCAUAGUUCCCCUCAGGGUGCCGGUUUUUAUUUUGCAUUUGUGUACAGAGAAGGCUUGCACAGCAUGUGUCAGCUUUCUACACAUAAAAGCCAUGCUUGUCUUGAUAUUGUUUUAGCUUCUACUAAAGUGAAAUACACAGGUGUCUUCCCUGUUAAUGCAAAUCACAGCCAGCUUUCUUUCUCACAUUUCAGGGGAAAAACGAUUUCAAACCAUACAAGAUCUUGUUGCAGAUGGACUCAUCACAAUGUACAUUGAUAUGUACGCAAAGGACUAUGUUGACACCAUGAUGAUAAGUCCAGCAGUGAAGGCGGGAGAAAAAAAGAAUUUGGACAAGGAUGAAACCAAGGAGAAAGAACCUUUAGAUCAACCAGAUGCUAUGGGAAAAGAUCAGGUAUUUUCAACAACUAAAAUUAGCCAAACCUUUGUCAUCUAUUACUUUCCAUGUUUAUGUUCAUUACAUCCUCCAUGCUUAUUAAGACUUAACUUGGCAGAUCUAUCAAUCAGUCUCAAAUAUUUUCACAUCAUUUUAGAUGGACACUGUAUUUGCUUUUAGGCUAAAUCAUGCCAAAGUUGAGUUUCUUUGAUAUUUUGAAAUUCCUUUGUUUGGCUUAAACUCAGCUUUAUCAUCAGAUAUGCAAACAAAUGUCACUAUUCAUCUAAAACUGAAACAAAAAUAUCACAGUUUUGUGCAUUGUAUGUCUACAUGGAUGAUUUUUUAUCCUGAAAUUGGUAGAGGUCUGUAACUGAAUCUCAGUAGCUUAAAACAGUUCAAUUUAGAGGUUAUAGAGUACUGUUAGUCCUUCUUGUUGUUUGAAGAUAAGGGCUUUAUCUAACACGUGUUCCAAGAAUAUGUAAAUUAUUCCACAAAUGUGUUUAAGAGUAGAAAUGUUCAAGAUGUCUACUGUAUAUAACUUACAUCAUUUCUCAACUCUAUUUUUUUGUUAAGUUAUGAAGGAAUUGAAUAACAAUUUUAUUAUUGAAAUUGUAUUUCCUGCUUUGUACAUACAAAAUACUGGACAGUUAUACAGUCAUGAAUGUACAAGUUCUACAGGUUAUAAAGUUCUCAAAAAGUUUUUGUUUUUGUGUUUAUUAUUGAAAUUAUUGCUUGGGUCAUUUGACCUCGGUUUAUAGCUAUAAAAUCAAUAAAUUGAAAAUGAAACCUAUAAAUGUGUGUAUUUAACCACAGAACCAACUGAUUUCAAUUAAAUGCUCUUCCAAAAAUCCAAUUUAUAGUUUGUGGAUGCAGUUUUGUUAAAUUACCUUACUUACAUUGUGUACUGUGUACAGUGGUACAUUCGUAUUUUGAACAUAGAACCUAGCUAUUACUGUAAUUUAUUUGUAAAGUACAAAAAUGUAACUGACAUGCUGUAAAACAGUACUGUGAUGAUAAUUAUUGUAAGUUCUUUAGCUUUCCUUUUUAACAAAAGGCUGAUGAAUUAUGAUUGAUGUCUUGAUUGUCUUUCAAUCUUCUUUUCAGUCACAUCAAACUGACAGUGAUUGCUGAACUAAACUUAGUAAAAUUUCUUUACUUAAUUUGGUAACUAUGUAAUCUACUGACCCUUAAAUUUACUGGGUUACAUACAAGUAAAGUGUAUUUGAGGGAUUAUUGUGUGGACUGAAAAACAAAUAGUGGAUGUUUUGCUUUUGGCCAAUUUUUUUUCAGAUGUAUAAAAAAUAUCCAGGUUGUUUGGAUUUCCUGCUAGCGCGAAGAAACAUUAAAAAAAUGACUGGUCCAUACAAAAAGUUGCCGCAGCUGCAUCUCCUUCGCGAUUUCUUCACAUUUGGUGGAUUUUUUAUUCUCAAAUUUAUUUUGUUGAUUGUGCUUUGAUGUGAAUUUUAAAAACGUUACUACCAGUACAGUACUGUAUUGCUGCAAGAAAAUACACAAACUAUAAAACUCAAAAUGAUAGUAUAUAAGUUGAAAUCUAUUCUUUGCAUUCCAUCUGUACAUCUAUUACACAAAAGUAGUCCAUGUAUGUGGAGUUGUUUCUUUUGUAAAAAGUAAAAAGUGUGGUGUAGUGUGAUUGAAAUUGAAUGACUCCUAAGAUAUGUUGAAUUGCUCGUGAAUUAAAACAGCAGAAAUUUGUGUUCCACUUCAGAGAAAAAAGAAUUUAAAUGGAUAAUGAUUUAUGUACAAGGUACAAUAAGUUAACAUUAAUGCUUAUUAUUAUUAUUAUAUAUGACAUUGGAGGUUCCCUUUAAGCCACAGCACUAACAAGCAGGGGUUUCAAUAAGCACCGAUGACCGACAAGACAUGUCAGCUACUUCACAAAUUUUUCCCCCUAAAUUGGAAGCUGGAAAUAAAGUAUUAAAUUAAAGAAGGAUUCUGUCAAAACAUAUACUAAAAUUCAAUUUGCUGGACCUAGACAGACCUUUUGCUUCAGAUUGAAAACAUGGAAGAAAAGUUUGGGAUUUACUGUACAUUACUUGUCCAAAUUGAUCGAAAAUACAUUAUCUUUUGUACUCAAUUUACUGCCCAGAAUGCUGGAAAUUGCAUUUGAGGGUAUUGAAAUUUCGAAAUUUUCAAGGGGUGCACACCCCCAGACCCCUCUAGAAGAAUGGGAGUAAAAACCUCUUUUUGACACAGUCAGUUACUUUUUUCAAACCUGCUGGCUACUUCAAUUUUUAUUGAAACCCUGAACAAGCAUCUAGUUUCUCCUUUAAGAUAACAUGCUUAAUCAAACAUACCCUUCUGUAAGUUUUCUGAGAAAAUAAUUGUUUAUACACUGCCGAAAAAUGUGUGUUUGAGAGCCAAAAAAGUGGGAGAGUCAGGGUGAUAAAACCUCAGUUCCCACGCUGUGUCCAAAAAUACCAUCAGUAAUGUUAAAUAUUUAAUCUAUGUGGUGUUUUAUUGGGUGUAAGUCAAUUUAUUAUAAUCCACAAACUUUUCUUUUUAUUCAGCUAUGAAUAAGAUAUACUCGUGAAUUAUUAAUGUAUGAAAGAAUUAUUUUGCUUUUGAAGUUUCUUGACAUAGCUUUGAACAUAGCCCUUGAAAUUUCUCUUAGCUGAAUUGUAUAACAUUCUUUGUACCAGUUUUUUCAAGAGCUAAAUGUAUGACCAACAAAAAUUAUUGUUGGGAAGGUGCUUUCAUAGACUGCGCUAUGAUGUGUUGUUCAACCUUCUGGCCAGUUGUGGUAAUGUGAUUUUACUAAUGUUAGGAUCAGAAAGAAUAAUAAUAUUUUUGUCUUUUCUUUUGAAGGUAGUGUAACUUAACAUCAUCUUUGCCAGUUUUCAUACAAUGUUUAUUAUAUAUUCUGUAUUGUGAUGUGACAUGUAAGUUCUGACUAGCAUUCCAGCUGUAGGUGUAGUGAUGCUCAGUUGAAGUUAAUAGUCUCUUGCAUCUUGAUCCUCACUUCUGAUUGAGUUCUCAAAAUUUAAUUCUUUGGUGUUUUUUGAGAUCAAUUCUCUGCUCAAGUUUUAAAUGUAGGUCGAAGAUACUAAACAAGUUGAAACUCGACCACUCAAUUAAACGGGUUAAAGAUUAGGUGGCAUUUUUAAACAUUCUAUUGUACAGAAAAAAUCCAAGAGUCAACUAAAGUGCCUUCUAAUACCAGCCUGUAAUGAAUGUUGUGUCUGAUAAUCCGGGCAAGUGAAGUUUUCAAGGGGGAGCUCAAAUUGCAGAAGAACUGUAAUCAAUUCUGUUUGUCAAAAAUUUUUUAGGGUUAGUUAAAUUUGAUUCUUUUAAAGCUUCCCUGAAAAGCUGUAAAACUGACUCUCCUUCCACCCUAAAUAUCUAAUGGUUAGGAGAACGUCUUUGGAGACUGUUACGGUGUGAUUAUGGUACAAUGUUACCUACUCCCCUUCUUAUAGUGGGAGUCUCGCACCUGACGAUCACGAAAAAUAUAUUAUAACGUCAAAACUGGAACUUGGACAUGAAAAGAAAGUUCCAUGUGAUUUUAUAAGGGAAGCACCAGGUUUGAAACUUCAGAAUAUAUUUCUUAAAAUCUUUAGUACAUUUUCAGAAAUGCUGUGAUGAGAUCAGAUGUUUUCAGGUCCUCUGGGAGAAGUCUUGGCACUCUUGGUACAGACAAUCUUAUAACUUUUGUCCCCCACCAAAAAGUCAGCAGUUAGUAGAUUAAGGUGUCUUUGUUAAUUUGCAGCUUACCAACAAGCAAGUAAGGCUUGUUACCUCUUCACAGUGUAAUUAAUAUUAGUAACGUUACCAUCAGAUUCAAUGCAGCAUCUUGCUUCUCGUGAAGCCUACUUUUUUUUUACUUUAGUUGCACUCUUAAUAACCAUUUUUGCUUUUGCUUUCAGGGGGAUCAAAAAUUUAACGUUGGCAAGCGACAGAGUGUGAAACCUUCAGCAUAUAAGAAAAAUCACAACUUCAAGGUAAGUGCAGAAAUACUAGGGGUAGCCCCUGAGUUCAUUUUGGCAAUUAACCCUGUAAGUCCGAAUAGUAACCAACAUUAAUUUUCUCCUAACAAUAUCCAUACAUUGUCAAGAGAUUAGGUUAUGAGAAUUAAUAAAAUGAUCACCAACGAGAAAAUGCUUUGAUCUUUUGUCAAAUUCUCUCAACUCAUUCUUUAAGGAAAUGUAUAGAGAUCAGUUUGGAGAAUUUGUAUGUGGGUAUUGGGACUUAAAGGGUUAAUAAUGGUAAUAGGACUGAGUGGAGUCCAAUAAUUAGUCUGUAAUCAUAUGAGUGCUUAACAUAAUCGGACAGGUAUAUUUAACCUUAUUUCAUCCAGCAUGAGGUUUGCUUUUAUGACUAAUUAGAUAAAUUUUAAGUCUACUGUAAUUUGAAGUCAAUUUUCAACUAUUUCUGUAUUUUUUCUGAUGAAAAAUGUGUUUGUCCCACGGACAAGUAAUGUCAAAGGUUUACAUGUCUGAACUAAAUUUCUACCUGUCCCAGAUGAUCAGACAUAGGUUCUGGCACACCCUGUAGCUCAUAGCUGUAUUGCUUGGCUAUCAUGGUAGCAGUCUCCAUUGUAGGAACUGUUAAUUGCAAGUGUAUUGUGUUUAGGUUGUUAGUGAUUAGUUUCCAUGCAGUUUUGACUCUGUUCUGGUAUUAAAUCUACUAGAUGAACACUUUCAGAGGACCGCACUGGUGUGACCAUUGUCGAAACUUUUUAUGGGGACUAAUUAUGCAAGGAGUCAAGUGCCAAGGUUAGUAUUACACAACAUGGAAAUAAAUUAAGUAAAAUUAUAUAAAUUUUAUAUAAUUUUGUUCUUGAGCAGAAUACAGCCUAGUACUCAUCUUCCACUAAUAAUCAGUGAAAGAUGUGUACUAGUAUAAUAUAAAAUAUUAUUAUUAUACCACAGAUGAUGAAUAUAUGUUGCAAACAUGUUAGCUUGUGUUGCUGGACAAUCUAGGGUAAAAAUUUAUGAAAGUAGUAACAAGGAUGACAUCUUUUGUAUUAAUUUAUUUUUCAAUUACCUCAACCCUUGUUCUUCUUGAUUGUUUUCACUGGAUCAUCUAAGUGCAGAUAAUCAAGGUUUAACUAGUUUUUAUCUUAAAUAUUUUAUUUUAUUAUAGAUUGUGGAUUUAACGCACAUAAACAGUGCAGCUCUGUGAUCCCACCGAACUGUCAACCUGACAAGAAAUAUAUCAGAAGAGGUAAUUUUAAUAUUCAAUCACAAAGUGAGAACUUUGAGAACUCAUAUGAUUUUGGCAUUCCAGCAUGGUCCACGGCUCGAAAUUAUGGCUGAUCAACAGACAACGUCCAGACUGAUAAUUUAAGGAGUUGACCGGUCAACCUUUCGUCCUGCCAGUCAUGUUGACUGGUCACAUUCAAUCGUACUGAAAAUGAAAUAACUUAAAAUUUCAUGCUUUUCAGGGUUCACAUACUUGUGGUCACAAAAUUAAAAAUAUUUUCACUUUCAUUAGUCGAGCUAUUUGGUAACGUUGAGUCUGGAAAAAUAAAUUAUUGUUUUAGAAAAAGGUCUGCAAAGAGUCUUGAAUCAUGGAUCCAAAAAUGUGUACGAAACUUGACUAAGUGAACAAGUGUACCAAGAAUUUAUAGGGCAAGUAACGGUUUUUUCCUCAAUGUAUACUCCACUAACCCUUAAUCAUCAAUAUAAACCCUGAUGUAGAUGUUGUUCUACACUAGUAAAGUAUAUUUUUUUGUUUACUGAUUCAAUAAAAUACAAUAAUAUAGCUUAACUUACACUUGUGUGGGUGUAGAUAAGGUUCCGAGCUUAUUUGCAAUAAAGAACAGAAAUUUAACCCAAUGAUAAAAGAAAUGGAAAUGAUGCCACUUGUGUCUGUGUGCCAUACUCCUUUCAAAAUUAUGGCAGUAUCUGUUGUUUUGGAUUCCCCUUAAAUAAAAUUGAUGAAGAGAUGGGAGAAGUAGAGCCAACAGCUUAACAUAACCACCCAAAGACUAAACUGAGACGAGGUAUUAAUUACAACAGCAUGUUCUCAAAUUAUAAAGUAUUUUGUGGAAACCCUGAUGGUCAGGAGCCAGGUUUGAACUGAUGAUCAGCCACUCCUCGACAAAUGUUCUUGUACAUCAGCCAACUAAGUUCAGAAGUUAGUGAUUAAUAAAUUGUCUGUCCUUAUCGCAGUGUUUGGUGUCGACCUGACAACACUUGUCAAGCUACACAACACAAAAAGGCCAUUUGUUGUGGAAGCCUGUGUCAAAGAGGUGGAGAGCAGAGGUGUGAUUUAGCCUUUGCAUAUGUGUAACACUUAACCUUUAAGUCCCAAUAGCGACCAAUAGCAAUUUUCUCCUAAUGAUAUCCAUACAUUGUCAUGAGAUUAGGUUAUGAGAAUUAAUAAAAUGAUCACGUAAGAGAAAAUUCUUUGAUCUUUUAUCAAAUUCUCUUAACUAAUUCUUAAAGGAAAUGUAUAGAGAUCAGUUUGGAGAAUUUGUAGGUGGAUAUUGGGUCUUAAAGGGUUAAUAUGAUGUUCUUUUUUUAGCUGCCCUAACUCUCAGUUUUAAAAGUAAUAUGUUCUUAGUGCUUGUGAUUAGUCAAUACACCUUUUUGCUUGUCUGUUUUAACACAUUCAUUCCCAAUGGUAGACAAAGCAAUUUUUUGUGUUAAAAAAAUUGUGGUGAAAAACUAAAAUUAAAGUAACAGUUUGCAAAAGUUAACUACCAAAGAGGUUUCAUCUGAAUGGUAUCACCGAGGAUAUCACCCAAGGGUUAGCCUGAAUGCCCAUUAGGAGCUUAUUUGGAACAGUAAAGAUUCAUUGCUGAUUAUAAAUCUUCAUUAAAUUAUCAUUUUUUCCUAAUUUCCAACUGAACAGGUUUAGACAGUGAAGGAAUUUACAGGAUUUCAGGAUUUGCUGAUGAUAUUGAAUCACUGAAGAAUUCUUUUGACAAAGGUGUAGUACAAGUGACCGUGUUUAAAACUGUAAGUUAUUCCAACCAUUACCAAUAUAACAGCCAAUUAUUUUGCUAGUCAAGACUAGCAUUUUGAAUUAAAGAUCUGCGUAACACUGAAAGCAGUUAAGAUUCAUUGUUCUUUAUGAAUGACAAAAUUUCUGCUUUUUGUCCUAAAAUUAUUAUUUUGCGAAAGCGAAAUUAAAGGAAAACUUGGCAUAAUCUAUAUAAUUUUAUUAACACAUUCUCAUAACUGUGUUUAAAAAUGAUUUUUCAUUCUCCCUCAUCAAGUUCCUUCAAUUGAAACAUAAUUUAUUUUCCUUAUAAUUUGGAUGCCGCAAGAAAAACAGAAACAAAAGACUGUCAUCUAGAGCAAAUACAAGUUGGGGAGCUUUUUUCAGGUAGAACAAGCCCUAUUCUAAAUAUAAUUUGUCUGCAUUUUUUUGUUGUUUUUUUUCUUAGAUGGAGAGAUUGUGGACCUGGGUGCUUAUGAUGACAUAAACAUUAUUUGUGGCACCCUGAAGCAGUAUUUUCGCAUGCUUCCGAUUCCUGUCAUCACAUUUGAACUGUACAACAAAUUUAUAGAUGCAGCAAGUAAGUACAAUCAAGUUGGUGAGAAAGAUUUUGUCAUGUAAUUCAAAAGAUAUAGUACAGCAGUGAUUUUGUUUGUGAAAAAUCAUGAGUCCCUGUUCAGAACCAUAGAGUCCCAGUUCAAAAACAUGAGUCCCUGAGCCUUUAUGUAACCACACAGUUAAUCUAAUGACAGACUCCAAAACUCGGUGUUACAGUUUAUUGAAAUAAAAAUACACUCCUUCUAUUGUCAAGAACAACAAAGACUGAAAGAAAUAUGCGCUGUUAAACAACAGCCACAAGAACAGCCACAGAAAUCACACAAACAGAGUAUUCUACAAAAACAUGGUCAGAUCGAUCAAUUGACCUUUGCAUCCUUUGGGACGCAUACCACAAAUUAUUUUGUAUCUUUGAGAGUUUUUAUGCGUCAGGGACACAGGACGUAGAGGUGACAAAAUCACUGGUACAGUCAAGUCUCUCCACCAGAAUUUGAACCUUGAUCCAUUUUAAGGCAGAGAGAGAAAGAGGCAUUUGUAUUCUCCUUGGCUCUUGGAAAUAGCUAAGUCCCCUCAAUUGUGGAAGUUACAUGCACUUGUGCCAUGCUUGAGGUCCACUCAUCAAGUAUCUUUUUGUUUCAGAGAUUUCCAGUAAAUAUGAAAAGGUAGAAGCACUCUCAAAAGCUCUUCUAGAACUUCCACCUUCCCAUUACGAAACACUUAAGUAUCUUUUGGGUCAUCUAUACAGGUAAGCUAACAGUAGUAUUAAUGGACAUGCUCCAAACUACAAUGUGAAUGAAACCUCUGUGUUAAUUGCGUAAAUAGACGUAAAUAGACUAGAAAUAACUAUUGAUUUAUUAUUUUUACUUGUUAACAGAGUUGCAAAACGUAAAAGUGAAAACAUGAUGAACGAGGAAAACCUCUCAAUUGUCUUUGGACCAACACUAAUGAGGGCACCGGAGUCUGACUCGCUCAAUGUUCUAACUGAAAUGAAGUGUCAAAGACUGGUAAUAGAAAGCCUUAUUUCUUGUCAAGAUGUCCUGUUUGAAAGCUAGCCAUGAUCAAAUCACUCUUACAGGCCUCCAGUUGUUCAAAAGGUAGAUAACUCUAUCCACUAGUGCCAUCCAUGGAUAGUGCCAUCCAGCUUUUCAACACCUGCAGCCUGGUUAAUAAAUCUUGUCAUAGAUAGUAGUCACAAUUUUAAUAAGUUUACUCUUUCUUAUCUCCUUGCCCUAAGUCCUAGUACUAUUUUGUUCAAGGUGACAAGGGUACAUACAUCAGGUCAAUUUGAUCUUCGUCAUGAUUCGUUUGGUUGGUCGUGGUGAAACCAUGCAUGAACUGUAGCAGCAGUAAAGUGUUUCUUAUGUGCUCACAUCCGAUCUCCCUCUCUGAUUCUUCUAUGAUUCAUUCCCUGGCUGCAAGGGAGAAAUUGUGCUGGGGUUAGGGCUAGGAAGUGGUGAGCACUUGAGAUGUGAACAUUGUUGAAAAAUAGCCUGGUUGUUCAAAGGUUGGAUAGCGGUAUCUGAACCAUGCAGAGGAUAAAAUAGUAGGAACCAAUGUUAUUUUCUGUGAUAUAUCUGACGGAUAUCAUUAUCAAUCUUCUGAACAACUGGGUCAUGAAUUUAAACUUUUCUAAAGCCAAUGCUCAAAGUGUUUACAACUAAAAUUAACUGAUUGUAUUCAACAAGUAUUCCUUAAAUUUGAAACAAAGAUAAUUAUUGUUAUUUAACAAAUUUUAGUCUUCUUAAAAUCUCGCUGUUGAAUUUUAAAUUUCAGUUCAUCCCAAUAUUGGGCCCAUGGGGGCAAAUCGUGCCUUUUAGUGCAUGUACAGUUUUAAGAAAUUUGUAAUUUUAAGCGAAUAUUGUUUUCAAAUAGAAAACAAAUAAAUGUAAAUCAUUCAAUUACUAUCCAUUUUUAUAUUUGUUUGUUUGUUUGUGUUUUUUUUUUGACAUGUUUUGAAAAAAUAUCUAUGCAU